UGUCAUGUGACGCUUUUGGGUUCGUAAAGAUUUUGCAUUAUACAAGAAACAAUUUAAUUUUAUUGAAUUUGAGAUUACAAUCAUCUAUUAAAGUUUUACCUGUUGUACGUAUAUUGUAAAAAUGUCUAAUAAUUUAACAAUUAAAGAAAAUGAAUUUCGCAAAUUAAAUCGUGAGCUUCAAUAUAAGACACGCGAUGUAAUGAAGGAAGUUGAUUCAAUUAUACAUACUUGUGCCAGCAGUAAUUUACUUAGUAGUAUGAACCAAUUGCAAUCAGAUUCUGUGAUAAAAAUGACAAAGAGUGAGGCAGAGACUGUAAGAGUGGACAAACAAUUAAGAGCGUCAUUAACUAAACCUGUUGAAAUAGACAAUGAAAUUGAGAAUUUACAAAAGAAAGAUAAAGGAAAUAAAGCUAUUAUUGCUUUGUUCCAAAACAAGAUAGAUAUGUUGUAUAAAGAGUUGCAAACACUGCAACUUGAAUAUAACAAAAUGUACGAAUACUCUAAAGAAGUAGAAAUAGAAAAUAAAAAACAUUGUAAUAAUCAAGUGAAAUUGCACAAUCAGAUAGAGACAUUAAAUGAUACAAUCACCAAGCUAGAAAGUAUAAAUUCCGAUACUUUAUUAAACUAUCAAGCAUUGAACAAUGAAAAUACUGCCUUAAAGAAGGAUUUAGAAGGACUUAACAAAACAGUUCAAAGUUUAAAUCAACAAGUGGCCAAUUAUGAACUUAAAUUAAAUAGAUCUAUAGAAAGUAAUAAGAAGUUUAAGAACAUAUUAAAAUAUAAUCAGAUAGAAGAGAAGGAAUUGAGAAAUCAAAUUAGGAUAUUGCAAGAAGACAAAAAACUCACUAUAAAAAACUUGGAAAAGGAACGAUCAGAAUUGGUGCAAGUACUUAAAAAGCAAAUGUUACUUCUAGACAAUCUGAAAAAACAAAAUGUAUUUUUACUAACAAGUGGACAAAUCUGUCUAAUGAAAGAAGAUUUUACAAAAUUAUUGGCAUGGAAGCCACAGCAGGUUUGAUAUAUUGUAUGUAAAACAUUUAUUGUGUCGAAUCUUUCUUACUGCUGUUCACAUAUGUAGCUGGUAAGACAAGAUUAGCUUCACUUGAAAACUUAAGUCAAGGGGAACUCUGCUGUAUAUUUUUAAUAAUUUUAAAAUGGUUUUGCUCAGUUUAUUUACAUAACUCAUUUUUUCGUGCAAGAAACAACACUCUACACACAACAGACCUUAAAUAAUAUAUAUAUAUAUAUAUAUAUAAUAUAGAAAGUCAAAGCAUCAAAAUUCACUGUAUACUAAUGUAGGUAUAAAUAUAUUCAUCAUUUGUUUUUACAGUCGCGAUACAUCGAAAUGUUAAGCUAUAUGCGAAUUUAAAAUAAAGAUAUAUACAUAUGUAUCAUAUAGUGCGCGUGUGUAUUAUAUACACAUACGCACUAUAUAAUAUAUAUUUUGAAUGAUAUAUGAAUAUUUCAUAAAUUGUUUAUUCUGCAAUAAAGAAAUCUAAUCUUAGCCUAGUUAAUGUGUAUCAUAAUACAUAUACAAGAGCAUAAUAUACAUGUCUAAACUCUUACAAAAACAAACAAACUUAUUUUCGCGAAAUUUGUUGUAACCAGUCAUUUGCGUAAUAAAGAUAUUGAAGAGCGAGAA